ACUCUUUCAUCUUCAGAUGCGCUCAAAUUGAAUAUGUAGAUGUGUUGUUGUUUUACUUGUCGUCUGGUUGAUGCUAUAUGAUUAUACUGAUUGUUUGAGGUAUCAAACUUAAAACGGAUAGAUCAUCUAAAUUAUUCAAGUUGAUUACAUAGGUACUGGUAAGUGAAGAUUUUUAUUGUUUGUGGAUUUUAUGUUAACAUAUGAGCAAAUUUGUUCAUAUCAAACUGCCUGAUGAGUUAUUUAUUUAUUCUUUGGGGUCUUUAUUUGUUGAUUAAAUAGUAUAUUUGGAAAAAUUGUGUGACUUGGUUUGUGUCUACAUUUAUGCAAUGUUUUUGCUAACCAAAUGACAUCUAGAAAGAACAUAUAUGAUCUAAUCCUAUAGUAUUACUCAUUGUAUAACAAUGUUAUUAAACUGUUUAUAAUCGAAGCUAACUCAUCAUUAAUCUAUUCUUUUCACACCCAACUGGUAAGAUAUGGAUUUGAAUGUUCGCAAAUAAAUAAACCAUUAAUUUGUACAUUGAAAUUUUUGUAGAUUGUUGUCAGCAUUUUCAAUUGUAAAGAAAGGUUCUUUAUGAAAAGUGUACAUUAUAAACGAUAUAAGAUCAGCACAUGAAAUGGGACUUUGGGAAUCUUUUUUUUGCUGGUGUUAUUUGUAGCUCGUCCCGGUUAACCUGUCUGCAAUAAAAAGUUUUCUUUGGCACGAGCCCGUAUAAACUGAUUGAUUUCUUUGCAAUUGCUUCUCGUUGUAUCUUCACGGUUUUUGAUACUUGAUAAUGUUCAAUGGACGAUAGCCUAGCUACUCAAUUGCACUAGUUCUGGAUAAUUUGUUAGUUGUUUUCGGGUUUGCUUACAUUUUGCUAAUGCAAUGAGAAGACGAAGUUUAUCAGAAUUAUGUGAUAUAUUAGCGCAAUACAUUUCAAACAAUCUGAUCACACAUAUACUUGUUAAGAGCAUUUGUUCAAAGGCAUCGGGAUCUUCAAGAUCAAUAGCUAUCAUAUUGCCUGGCAGUAAGUUGGCUUAUCACAAUGCACAAAAUUGUAAAGAGAAAAUUUGAAUUCGGUUGAGCUACAAAGAAAAAUGAUUGUACAGUUAUCUGAAUGUUGAUGAUGUUUGUAUUGUUAUGAUUUGACGUACUUGUUGCACCAUGUACCAUUACCAAAUCACGUCGUACAACCCAGAGUAAAUAAUCUUAAGUCUCGGAGUUUGUAUUCGUAAGAUUUGCCUUUUAGCUGUGUCUCUUACCUUGUUGUCCGACUCUGUACUUGAUCUAAGAGAUUUAUAUCCCUUUUGUGUUACAGUUACACAAUUUGAUUUUCCUAUUGAUGCAGAGCUUAGCCACCGUUAUUAAUUAUUCUAAGGGUUUGGAAAAUAAAAUUUUUCGAUAAUGCAAUGGGAAGACGAAGAUCAUCGGAAUUAUGUGAUACAUUUGCGCAAUAUAUUUUGAAUAAUCUGAUCAUACAUAAUAUACUUGUUAAGACAUUUUUGUGUGAAAACUGAAAGGUCAACCAGACAAAUUAAAGGUAAGCCCUAACAAAAAACAUAAAGUACACAGAUACAAUGUGAUAACUACUCUGGAUAAUAAAUCAAUAUUACAAGGAUAGGUUAAGGGCGAGAACAAAUUGUUUUGAACGCAUAAAGGAGGUUUCAGUUUCCUUAUGGCAAAGGCUUUUAUAAACCUUAGUAUACGCCUUUGAAGGAUUUUGUACAAAACUACAAAAGCUAACUUGAUAUCAAUCUUGUGACCAGUCUCAACCAAAUGUUUCGCACUGGAGAAAGAUGUCUACUUAUCCUGCGAUCUAACUUACCAUUGAAAUUAAUUUGUUUCUGCAGCCAUUUGGGUAUGUGUUCCGCCAUCCUUAACUUUAUCCGCAAAGCGAGUUUACAUUAUGUUACCAUUUAGGGGCGACUCACAUAGUCUCGUGUUGAAACUGAGGCUUAAAUGAGCUCCCUGAAAUAUGUAUAUGUUUCCGCUUUUUAUGCAGUGAAUUCCUGUGACGUAAAGAUCAGUCGUGACAUGACAUAUUUUGGACUGAAACUUAAUUGUAAAAACACCUAUCUAUUAUUUUGGAUAUAAGAAUGAUUUAUUUUGAGUUCUUGUCAAAUAUCUUGAUGGUGGGAGGAGUAUGAAUGUAUUAGAUCUUCUUUAAAUCAGAACUAUAUUUUAUAAAUUUAUUAACAUAUUGUGUGACUGAUAAACAAAUACAUGCUCGUAUAUAUUGUUUAUUUGAAUAUGCCUUUCACUUAAAACUAUGGAUUCGCCAUAUCACUAGUGCUUGAUACUUUAAAUUGUAAGCGUAAUAAUGACACAGUUUAUCUGAUGCUGUGUAUUUGUAAUCGAUUUCUGCAAGUCUGCCUUGGUAACAGAGCGCUUGUCAGAACUUAAUAAACAAAAGACCCCAUUAUUGUAUGUGCAUCUUGAUUAUAUACAAAACAAUUCAUAUUGGUCGAUUAGUUAUUAAUUAUUUUGUGCGUUUUGCCAUUUAUAUUAUAGAACAAUCCAAUUAUUUUUCUACCUUUACAGCUGGCUAAAUAUGAACAUAGGACAGAGCGUUCGGCCUGAUGGAUUUCAGCCGGAAUCUUUCAGGUCUGAUCCUUUACCAAGGCAACAUAAUAACCAAUCUAGAGAAGCAAAUUCAAACUAUAUCCUAAAGAACAUCAAUAAUUACGAACAAGAAGAGAAACUAGCAAAUAAUAUCAAUGGACCACUUUAUGCAGAUUCGUCAGCGGUAACCAGCGUUAUGAGUGACCGACAGUCACAUGUCCCAAAUCAAAGUCUAUUACCAAGUACUGGUCUUCAUGCACGUACUAGUGUCACAAACGCUACUAGUGUAACCGGACUAUCUGGAAUAGCUGGCAUAGCUGCGGCAGCUGCAAACCAACAAGGAAAGCCUCUCAAUUUAGCUGCUCUUACUUUGGCUGCUCAGUCUGUUGCCGCCAAGAAGAGAGCUGGAGCUAGAGCACAAGCUGCUAAUACGAGACCAGAGCGUACUUUAUUCUGUCUAACGCUUAGAAAUUCUUUGAGAAAAGUGUGCAUAAAAAUUGGAGAAUGGAAACCAUUUGAAUACCUUAUUCUUCUUACAAUAAUGGCUAACUGUUGUGCACUUGGUGCUAUAACACCAUACCCUGAUGGGGAUUCAAAUACUCUCAAUCAUAUAUUGGAAAAAAUUGAAAAUGUAUUUAUUGUUAUCUUUACUGUAGAAUGUGUUUUAAAGAUUAUAGCUUUUGGUUUUGUUAUGCAUCCAGGAGCAUACUUACGUAAUGCAUGGAAUAUACUUGACUUUACUAUAGUUAUCUUAGGACUUUUACAACCACUUAUUCAACAAAUGGUUGAACAAUCUGGUGUAGAUGUUAAAGCACUUCGUGCUUUCAGAGUGCUAAGACCACUUCGUCUUGUAUCUGGUUUACCAAGUUUACAAGUUGUAUUAAAUUCUAUCAUGCGUGCUAUGGUUCCACUUUUACAUAUUGCACUAUUGGUUAUCUUUGUAAUAAUUAUUUAUGCAAUUGUUGGCCUAGAAUUAUUCUCUGGUAAACUACAUGCUACAUGUUAUGAUUAUGUAACAGGUGAAAUAGAGGAUAAUCCAUCACCAUGCAGUUUAAAUCAACGUGGUGCAUUAUGUACAGGUUCAACAAUUUGUUAUGAUUUUAAAUUGGAUAUGAGUUAUGCAGCUGUUGCUGAAAGAAAACAACAAGCUGAAGCUAUUUUAGCUGGUAAUAUUACACCACCUUUACCUCAACCAGAAAGAUGGGUUGGACCAAAUUAUGGUAUAACUAAUUUUGAUAAUUUUGGUUUAUCUAUGUUAACUGUAUUUCAAUGUAUUACUAUGGAAGGUUGGACACAAGUUUUAUACUGGGUUAAUGACUCACAAGGGAUGUUAUAUCCAUGGAUUUACUUUAUCAGCAUGAUCAUUAUUGGAUCAUUCUUUGUUAUGAAUCUAGUACUUGGUGUUUUAAGUGGGGAAUUUUCAAAAGAGCGUGAAAAAGCUAAAAAACGUGGUAAAUAUCAAAAAGCUAGGGAACAGAUGCAAUUUGAAGAAGAUGUACAAGGUUAUUUAGAUUGGAUUAGUGCAGCUGAAGAUAUUAGUGAUGAUGAAGAAACUACAAAUAAAGAAGAUGAAAAAGAAAAAAAAUUUCAUUGGUGUGCUGCAUGUCGGACCACUUCAUCUUCAGCUACGGAUGAUUUUGAAGAGGAAGAAGAAGAUCCAUCUGAACAUGGACUGGAUGAUGGCGGUGGUGGACAUCGUAGUCAGUCAUCAUCACAACAACAUCAGUAUUUUUUCUGUAUUCCAUUGAAAGGAAGACGAUCGCGGCGUUGGAAUCGUCGUUGCCGACGUUCUUGUCGUCGGCUUGUUAAAUCUCAGACAUUUUACUGGAUAGUUAUAGUCCUUGUUUUUUUAAAUACUGGUGUUCUCACUUCAGAGCAUUAUGGACAACCACUGUGGCUUGACGAUUUUCAAGAUAUGGCCAACAUUGUAUUUGUUGUCCUCUUUUCUAUUGAAAUGUUAAUUAAAAUGUACAGUUUAGGAAUACGAUGUUAUUUUGAUUUUAUGUUUAAUCGAUUCGAUUUUUUUGUGGUUAUCUGUAGUAUUAUUGAAGUUGUUUUAAUACAAACCAAAGUUAUGCCACCAUUAGGAGUAUCUGUAUUACGUUGUGCACGUUUAUUACGUGUAUUUAAAGUAACCAGAUAUUGGAGUAGUUUACGUAAUCUAGUUGGUUCAUUAUUAGCUAGUUUAAAAUCAAUUGUUAGUUUAUUAGUUUUAUUAUUUUUAUUUAUUGUUAUAUUUGCAUUGCUUGGUAUGCAAUUAUUUGGUGGAAGAUUUAAUUUUCCACGUGAAGAAAAGCCAAGAUCAAAUUUUGAUAGUUUUUAUCAAUCACUUAUAACAGUUUUUCAAAUUUUAACUAGUGAAGAUUGGAAUGAAGCUAUGUAUAAUGGAAUUCGUUCAUAUUCGAAUAGUCGUGUUGGCAUUAUGGUCUGUUUAUAUUAUGUUAUACUUUUUAUAUGUGGAAAUUAUAUACUUCUCAAUGUAUUUUUGGCUAUUGCUGUUGAUAAUUUGGCUGAUACUGGUCAAAUAGAAGAGAAAAAAGAAGAAAUAGAUGAUGAAAAAUUAAAUAAUAAAGAAAAUGAAAUUCUACAAAAUAAUAAUUUGAUUGAAGAAGAAAAAGAUAAAGAAAAUAAAAUGUAUCCAUCAAUAGAUAAUGGAAAAUUAUCUACUAUAAUAAAUAAUAAUGAAAAUAAAUUAACUGAAUUACAUCAUGAAUUUAAUGAUGUAACACAAUUAUUAGAUCAAUUAAAUUUAGAUCCAAUCAAUGAAGAAGCUGAUCCUGAUCGAUACAUGUUUGAUCGAGAAGAUAAACAAAGAACAGAUGAUAAAGAUGAGGAUUUAAAAGAAGAUCGUAAUAGGGACAAUCAUGAUGAUGAUAAUGAUGAUGAUGAUAAUGAUGACGAUGAUGAUUAUGAUAAAAGUGCUGAUGAAACUGAUAAAAUAAAAGAUACAACUAGUUCAAGACGUCAUUCAGAGAUUAGUUCAACAAAGAAAAUAAAACCAAUACCAAAUGCAUCUUCAUUUUUCAUAUUCAAGCCAAAUAAUCCAUUUCGUGUAGCCUGUCAUGAAGUUUGCAAUCACAAUUAUUUCAAUAAUAUUGUACUUGUAUGUAUCUUAGUUAGUAGUGCAAUGCUUGCAGCUGAAGAUCCAUUAGAUGCAUCAUCUGCACGUAAUCAGAUACUGAACUAUUUUGAUUAUUUUUUCACUUCCGUGUUUACAGUGGAGAUAACUCUGAAGAUAAUUACUUAUGGUUUAGUAUUACAUAAGGGAGCAUUUUGUCGAAGUGCAAAUAAUAUGUUAGAUUUUAUGGUAGUUCUUACAUCAAUUAUUUCAUAUCCAAUUGAUAUUGAUACAAUAUCUGUAGUUAAAAUUCUUCGAGUCUCACGAGUAUUACGACCUUUAAGAGCAAUCAAUAGAGCAAAAGGUUUGAAACAUGUCGUCCAAUGUGUUGUAGUUGCUGUAAAAAGUAUUGGUAAAAUAAUGAUGGUUACGUUUUUACUUGAAUUUAUGUUUGCUGUUAUUGGUGUACAAUUAUUCGCAGGAAAAUUUCACUCUUGUACAGAUAGUUCACGUCUUGUACCAAGUCAAUGUCAUGGUCAAUACAUCACAUAUGAAUUGGGUGAUAUAAGUCGACCUGUAGUUUUAGCACGUGUAUGGUUAAAUAAUCCAUUGAAUUUUGACAAUGUACCAAAUGCUAUGCUAACUUUGUUUGCUGUAUCAACAUUUGAAGGUUGGCCUGGUCUUUUAUAUAGAUCCAUUGAUUCAUAUGCUGAAGAUUAUGGAAGUGUUUAUAAUAAUCGUCCAAUUGUUGUUAUCUUCUAUGUAGCUUAUAUAAUUGUGAUAGCAUUUUUUAUGAUUAAUAUAUUUGUUGGUUUUGUUAUUGUAACAUUUCAACAAGAAGGUGAACAAGAAUAUAGAAAUUGUGAACUUGAUAAAAAUCAACGUAAAUGUAUUGAAUUUGCAUUGAAAGCUAGACCAGUGAAACGUUAUAUACCAAAAGAAAAUUUUCAAUAUAGAAUAUGGUGGUUUAUUACAUCACAACCAUUUGAAUAUUGCAUUUUUAUAUUUAUAUUAAUUAAUACAAUUUCAUUAGCAAUGAAAGUUGAAGGACAACCAAAUGCUUAUGCAGAUGCAUUAGACUAUUUAAAUAUGAUAUUUACUGGUGUAUUUACUGUGGAGUUUGUGCUCAAAUUAACAGCUUUUGGUUUCAAGAAUUAUUUUAGUGAUCCAUGGAAUGUAUUCGAUUUCAUCAUUGUUGUUGGUAGUUUCGUUGAUAUUAAUAUGUCACAUCUUGCUGCAAAUUCAAAAUUUAUCAGUAUAAACUUUUUUCGUUUAUUCCGUGUAAUGCGAUUGGUUAAAUUAUUAAAUCGUGGUGAAGGUAUACGAACACUUCUAUGGACAUUUGUUAAAUCAUUUCAGGCAUUACCUUAUGUUGCACUACUGAUCAUUAUGUUAUUUUUUAUAUAUGCUGUAAUUGGAAUGCAAAUGUUUGGUAAAAUUGCAUUAAUUAAUCCAGAUAGUUCAAUAAAUCGUAAUAAUAAUUUUCAAACAUUUCCACAAUCUUUAUUAGUAUUAUUUCGUUCUGCAACUGGUGAAGCUUGGCAAGAAAUAAUGUUAAGCUGUGUGAAUGAUCAUACUGUCAAAUGUGAUCGAUAUUCCGAUACUGAAAUGAAAGCUAUACGAAAUUUUUUAGAUGAACAACAACAUAUUAUUUUAAUGAAUACUACUACAUCAACACAAUAUAUUGUAAUAAAACAAAAUGAUAAUAAUUCAACAAAAAUUUCAACACCUUUUAUAACAUCUAUAGAUAAUUCAAUAGAAUAUAAUCAACCUUCCAUAUCAUUUUAUAAUCAUGAACAAGAUAAUCAUUCUAUUUGGGAUGUAUUAAAUAAUGGAUUCAUAGAUAAUAAUAAUAAUAAUAAUAAUAAUAAUAAUAAUAAUAAUAAUAAUAAUAAUAAUCAGAAUACCUUAUUUACUUAUUCACAUCCAUCUACAAUACUUGGAUUAGAUAAUCCCAUAAUAGAAAAGGAUUGGUCUUCUUCUUCUUCUUCUUCAUCAUCAUCAUCAUUUCCAUCAGCUGAUAAUAUACAUUCUUCAGAUGAUAUUAUUUAUUCAUCAGAUUUUAUAAAUAGAUAUAGACAAAGUAGAGAAAUAAAUGAUCAAAAUCAAACAGUUCCUAUCAUUAAUUUAACACAAUUAUCAUUAUCAUCAUCAUCAUCAUCAUUAUCGUUAAAACCAAUUCAUAAUCAAUCUACUCAACAUUUAUCAAUUGAAGAAUUUGAUGAAAGAACUAUUAGUUUAAAGAAAUUAGAUGAAUUAGGUUAUAAUGGACCACGUGCAACAUGUGGAUCAAAUUUUGCUUAUCCAUAUUUUAUAUCAUUCUAUAUGGUUUGCUCUUUUCUUAUUAUCAAUUUAUUUGUUGCUGUUAUAAUGGAUAAUUUUGAUUAUUUAACACGAGAUUGGUCAAUAUUAGGUCCACAUCAUUUAGAUGAAUUUAUACGUUUAUGGUCAGAAUAUGAUCCAGAAGCAAAAGGAAGAAUUAAACAUCUUGAUGUAGUUACACUCCUUCGUAAAAUAUCACCUCCAUUAGGAUUUGGUAAAUUAUGUCCUCAUCGAACUGCAUGUGUUACAUUAGUACGUAUGAACAUGCCGUUGAAUAGUGAUGGAACUGUAAUGUUCAAUGCAACACUUUUUGCUUUAGUUCGAACUAAUUUAAAAAUAAAAACUGAAGGUGCAGCAAUUGAUCAAUUAAAUGAAGAACUACGUGCUGUAAUUAAAAAAAUAUGGAAAAGAACAAGUAAUAAAUUAUUAGAUCAACUUGUACCUCCAGCAGGUGGAAAUAAUGAUGUAACAGUUGGUAAAUUUUAUGCAACUUUUUUAAUACAAGAAUGGUUUCGUAGAUGGAAACAAAAGAAAGCUGAAGAACAAAAAGCUUUAUUACAUGGACAAGGGAAAAGACAUUCGAUUAUGCCAUUCAAAAGUUUUGGAAAACCUACAACUAGUUCUCUUGAAACACAAAAUACUUCAAUGAAUAUUUUAUUACCUCCAUCUGAAGAAACAAGUAAACGUGGAAGUUCUGGUAGCCUAGGUGAUGGUGAUACGCAUCAUAGUUUAUUAGAUUCAGUAAAAAAUGUUAUCCAUCGAGUUGGUAGUUCAAGACGUCAUUCAGAAAUAUCACAAUGUAAUGAACGUGAAAAAUUAUCACAAUCAUAUAAAAUAUCAUUAGAAUCAACCAAUAAAAAUUUAUCAAUAAUAUCAAAUAAUCAUCAUAUACCAUUAAAUCAAACAUCGAAAUUAUUAAUUCCUGAUUAUUUAAAUUCUACAACACAAAAAAUAAUGCUGUCAACAAUUAAUCAAGAUAAUCAUGAAGAUAAAGAUUUUAGUGAUAAAGAUAGAAUUGAAAAUUUUAAUCAAAUAAUCAAUGGAAAUGCUAUUAAUAUAGGAAAGUAUAAUACAAUGAAUGAUCACUAUUAUUCUAUUGAUCAAAAUAAAAGAAUUGAAAAUCGAUAUAUGAUUAAUAAUAAUAUACCACAGAAACAAUAUUCUAUAAAAACAGCUGAUUGGAAUAAUACUAAUUAUAUGGAUAGAAAUAAUGUGAAAAAUCGUCCUAUAUCAACAUUACCACAUGGAUCCAAUUCUGCAUUAUGUAAAUCAACAGACUUUUCAACUAUUCCUUAUAUACAAGAAUCCAUUCAUCUUAUUUCACCAUUAUCUAAAUCAAAUAAAUAUAAUCAAUCAAAAUCUAUCAAUCUUAUCAAUGAACUUUAUAAUGUAAAUAAUAAAGAAAAGAAUUUAACUAAUUUAAUUACUCUAUGUGAUAAUAUAAAUGGAAGAGAUAAUAGAUCUGAAAUAGAAGAAGAAGAAGAAGUCGUAGAAGUAGAAGAUGUAGAUGAUGAUGAUGAAGAAGUAGAAGAAGAAGAAGAAGACGGAGAACAAGAUCUAUUUACAACAAUAAGAAGUGAAACACCUAGUCCAGCACCAUCAAUUGCUGCAGCUAUUCUUAGACCAAAUUAUUAUCCUAAUUUAGAAGAACAUAGAUCAAUAAAUCAUAGGAAAACAAUUGACCCAUCAGAUUUUACAGUUUAUACUAGUAUACCAAGAAAUUUAAUGAUGAAUAAAUUGAUGAAUAAAAGUGGAAGUACAAGUGGAUAUUCUAAUGGUACAAUUAAUAAGGAUUUAGAAGAAUUACUUGAUUUACCAAAGACUAUGUGGACUGCAUGUUUACCAGAUGUUCAACCAAUCAAUGGAAAUUCUCAUUUUAAUCGAAAUCUUAAAUAUUACAAACGUCAACUACCUCAAAUACCAUCAGAAGUUAAUAAAAUAGAUGGUAGAGAUAUAUCUAACCCUUAUCAAAUAUCUACAUCUAUAGGAAUAAAAGGAAGAGAUAGUCUGUUGACAGAUGUAUUGAAGAUGAAUAAUACAACAUCCGAUUUUAUGAGUAUACCAGAAAAAAAUGAAAAAUCUCGAAACCAUGAUGAUACUACUGUGAUUGUAUAUCAACCACCAACUAUUGAUCCACAUGGUCCUGCACCUAAUCCAUCUGUAUAUUAUUCAUCAUUUCCUCAAACUAAUCUAUCCUCUUCAAAGUAUAAUAAUAUAGGAUCUAUUGGAAUAAAUAAAGAAUUAUCUCAAAUGUAUGUAAAACAACCAACAACUCCAAGACAAAAUUGGUUAAAUCAGCUAGUUAUGAAUGAUUUAAAUGAAUCAAUGAUGAAUUAUAAAUCAAUUGAUAAAGAUUGGUCACAUCUUAAUCUUCCAUUAAAACAUUUAACAGCACCAUCAUCACCAUCCGCAUUGUCACCACCAUCCUCCUCCUCCUCAUCAUCAUCAUCAUCACCACCACCUCCACCAGCACCUAAACCUAUUUUAUUAAAUAUAAAUGAAGAUUUAUCAAAAUUCAAUUAUUAA